AACAAAAACAAUAAUUUUAUUUAUUAAGAUUCCUGCCUCGAACAAACUAUAUAAAAAUGUUGUAUUUAGAGGAUUAUUUGGAAAUGAUUGAGCACUUGCCUCAGGAGCUACGGGAUCGUUUCACCGAAAUGAGAGAAUUGGAUUUAACAGUGCAGAACAACAUGGACUCUCUGGAGAAGAAAACCCGCGCCUUCUUUAUGCAAUGCAAACGUGGUGAAUUGCAAGAUGAAGCUGCUGACAGUGAGUACCAGAAUCUGCGUAAGGAGUAUUAUAAAGUCCUCGAGGAUGCCGAUGAGAAAGUGACAAUUGCUACACAAAUCCACGAAUUGGUCGAAAGAUAUUUACGACGCUUGGACAGUGAAUUGUUCAAAUUCAAGUGUGAAUUGGAGGCAGAUAAUAAUGGCAUAACAGAGAUACUGGAGAAACGUUCUUUAGAAAUGGAUGGCGGCAGCAGUGCUGCCACGGCACUACUAAGUGUUACCGGGUUAAAUCAAAAAGAGAAUAGAUACUAUGGUGGAAUGAGUGCAGCCGUGGCACCCUCUGGCAGCAAUAGUCAUAGUGCUGUUAUGGGUGGUGCUGGCAUGGGUAUGGGUGGUAUUACAGUGCCAGCAACACCCACUGGCGCCACUAAGGAUAAUCGUUAUCGAACACCAAAACCGGAGAAGCGACGUGAUUCAACUUCAACUCUGCAAAAUGCCGUGCCAGAAAAGAGAGCAAAUUUGGGUAAUAAUCUUACUCCCGGAACACCACCAGUUGCUGUUGUAAGACCGAUUACGCCUGGUAUUGGAGCUGUCCUAAAUGCUGCAGCUGGUUCGGUGGGAACACCUUCACCAGUUACAUAUAAUCUUCAACAAAUUGGUGGUUCGGCAACUACAGCUAUAGCUGCAGCGGCCACACAAGCCAUUGUGGCUACACAGCAAAUGCAGCAGGGGCGUAGAUCAGCCAGUAUGAAGGCAAGCUAUGAGGCCAUACAUGGGGCCGGUGGUGGUCCAACUGAGUUUUGGAUUAGCCGAGACAUUUCAAAUCCCACAGCCACGGCAUCGGCAUUAGGAUUGACAAAUUCCUCCACUGAAAAGUCCAAAAAGAAAUAUACCUCAAAGAAAUUAAAUUCCAGUUUAUCACAUAACCUUAGUACACCCAAUGUCACCACAUCCAGCACUGGUGCUCUUAGUUUGGCAUCUUCCUCCUCAUCGCUGAGUGUUGAUUCUGUGGAUAUGCUGGCAUCCUCCGCCCCCACUAAUCUAAGUGUUCCAUCACUCCUGCCAGCAGGACAACAUGUUACUGCCUCGUCCAGUAAUUCAUUGACUGCAGCAUCAAGCACAUCGGCCACAGGUGGUAAUAGACAGGCGCUAAGUUCAACAUCCUCAACAGCUUCCGCCUCAACAUCAUCCUCCACCUCAACAGCCCUUACACCCGGCUCCAAUAUAACCCUUAAUGAAAAUGGCAUGGUCGUCGAACAAACUCCCGAUGGUGAAUGGUCUUAUGAUCCAAAUGAACCACGUUAUUGUACAUGUAAUCAAGUCUCCUAUGGUGAUAUGGUUGCUUGUGACAAUGAUGCAUGUCCAUAUGAAUGGUUCCAUUAUCCAUGUGUUGGUAUAACACAACCGCCGAAGGGUAAAUGGUAUUGUCCCAAAUGUCAGGCGUCAAUGCGUAGACGUGGUAAUCGUAAAAAUUGA